AUGCUUGAUAUCCAAUGGCCAUUUCCAACACAUAUGGAUUUUCGUGGUCAAAAAAUGGCUGAAAGACUUUUUCAAGUUAUUAUUAUUUUAUUUGGCAUUGUUGGUUUUCUUGCUGGUUAUAUGAUGCAACAAUUUAGUAUGACUAUGUAUAGUGUUCUUUUUGGAGUUUUGGUUUCUGCUUUAUUAACAUUACCACCAUGGCCAAUGUAUCGUAAUAAUCCAGUUGAAUGGCAAAAACCAAUAGAUUCAAAUAAUAAAGAAACAACAACAAAUAAAAAUGCUUCAUCAGUAAAAUCACCAAAAAAAGAUGUUCGAAAAUCAAAAGCAAAAAAGGAGGAAUAG